GGCUUGUCAGAGUGCAUUAAGGCGUUGCACUCUUUGCGCCCUCACGUCCUGAAGACAUUUGGCAUCUGGCUUGUUCUUUUUAGCCCGGAACCAUGCUCCAAGCGCAACGUGUCGGUCGCGCCUGCACCAAUGCAAGGCAGCAGCAGCCUGUUGCCCGUCCUGCCAUGCUGGCCGGCCGGGCGCACCUGACCUCGCCGGCGUUGCGGUCGCGCCCGGCUCCCGGGACCGCGACGUUCACGCAGCCUAAGCAGCAGCCUAAGCCCGUUGUCCACACGCAAGCAGCGGCGGGCGCUGGCGCCUCCGCGACGCCGGCUCCCCAGAGCUCGGGCGGCAACAGCACGUUCACGCAGGCCGUGUUCAACGUGGUGAACGUGAUGAUGGGCGUGGGUGUGCUGUCGCUGCCCUUCGCGCUCAAGAGCAGCGGCUGGGUGGGCCUGCUGGUGCUGUGGGUCAUGGGCGUCGCCACCAACUACACAGCAAAGGCGCUGUGCGAGUGCGCUGACGCCGUGUCCGCCAAGACCGGCGGCGGCCCGGUGGGCUACGAGGAGAUUGCGGAGGCGGCGUUCGGGCCGCUGGGCCGGCUGCUGGUGAGCGCCAUCAUCUACGUGGAGCUGUUCGGCACGUGCGCGCUGCUGUUCAUCCUGGAGGGCGACAACAUGUUCAAGCUGUUUGGCGCCAGCAGCCUGGCCUCCAACGCCAGCACCUACCAGCUGCUGGCGGCGGCGCUCAUGAUCCCCACCGUGUGGCUGCCCGACCUCAAGGCACUGUCCUUCCUGGGCGCCGCGGGAGUCACCGCCACAUGCACCGUGUCCGCGGCGGUCGCCUACACCUUCCUGUCCGGCAGCUUUGCCCCCGGCGCCCCCACGGACCUGGCCAACUGGGCCACGCUGCCGCUGGUGCUGGGCAUCUGCACCUUCUGCUACUCGGGCCACGGCGUGUUCCCCGCCAUUCAAAAGUCCAUGGCCGACCCCAAGCAGUUCCCGCAGGUCCUCAACGUGGCCUACCUGGCUGUGGCUGUCAUCUGCACGCUCAUGGGCGCCGCCGGCUACUACAUGUACGGCACCGGCGCACUGGACCUGGUCACCUUCAACAUGGUCGGCCCGCUGGCGGCCGUGUGCGCAUCAGUCAUCCUGAUCAACCCAGUGGCCAAGUUCGCGCUCACCAUGGAGCCGCCCGCCGCCGCGCUGCAGGGGGUCAUCCCCGGGGCCAAGAAGGGCAUCAUGCGCCUGCUGACGCGCACGGCUCUGGCCAUCGGCAUCCUGCUGGCGGCCCGCUCCGUGCCCUUCCUGGGUCAGGUCAUGGCGCUGGUGGGCUCCUUCCUCACCAUCUCCGUGUCCGUCACCUUCCCGCCGCUGUGCCACCAGGUGCUGUGCGGCCACAACAACAGCGCCCUGCGCUCCGCCUGGAACUACUUCAUCGCGGCGCUGGGCCUCAUCUGCACCUUCUGCGGCACCACAGCCUCCAUGAAGUCGCUGGCAGCCAAGGCCGCGGCCACCGCCGCCGGCGCGCCCGCGUAAGGCGCCGCGCGUGCGGGCGCCUUGGUGGAUGCUUCCUUGUGGUGGGGCUGUGUGGGGGUGGACAGGAGCUUGUGGAGUGUGGCUGGGGUGGGAGGCGGCGGUGACGGGGAGUUUUGGGUGGUGGCUGCCUCGGGGCGUGGCGCCCGGAGGUGCGUGGGUGUAGAGGAAGGCGGCCUUUGACACGUCGUGUGGAUGUGUAACUUGCCAUGUUAAGAGUGGAGCUUGCAGGUUCAGAUAUGCUUAGGGAGAUGUGCCGGUAAUGGUUUUGUAGCUGCGACGUCUGCGACAGACUGCAGGGGAACUGCCAAAUGUCGGUUUAGGGCUGGGGGGGGUUCAUCACAGAGCGCACAGCCGGCUGACCGACUGGCCGGCCAAGUUUUUUGUUUGAGCGUUUCCGACCUGGCGCGCCUGGUGAGCGCCUGUGCGUUUGUCACGAGAGCUUGGACCUUCGCUUGGAAAUGAGAGAGCGGAAGCUUGGUAAUGACGAGGUGAACAGUCUGACCUCAGCGGCGACCUGCGAACGCUGGCACUGAGCUAGGGCCUAGGGGUUGAGGCCUCGAGGGGGCGAGUGCCUGACCCAACUUGCUGCCAUGAGCGCAAUAAACUGUAUUAUAUGCGCUACGA